GGAGACGGGGUGGGUUUUAGGUUCCCUGGCAGAGAAGGGUUUGUUGCUGUGGAAGGAGAGCCGGGGUUAGUCAGCGGCUGCUGCUGGGUGUAGGAGGUUGAAAAAGAGGCUUGCCUGGAGGUUUGUGCAGCAGGGCUUUGUUGUCAUGGCAGGGAAAGUAAAGUUUGUAAUAGCAUAAUGAGGACAAGCUGUGCUCCUGUGCUGGAGCAAUGCCGGCGCCAGGUGUGCCCAAAGUCAGCAGAGCUCAGGUGUCUGUGUCAGCAAGCACACAGCUCAGGGCUGCUGUGCUGCCAGAGUCACCCAAGGACGGCGGAACCAUGGUGCCAACAGCUGCCAAAAUGCUGAACCCAAGAGACUUUGUGCGCAUUCAGGCUCUGCCUGCUUCGGCUGAGAGAGAAGGGAAGGUGCUGGCCAGGAGCUGGGCGCUUUACAGGAGCAGCGGGCUGCCACGAGAGCAAGUGUACUGGGAGAACUGGCACAGGAGGGAAAGGCAGCGCAGCCGGGGACUCUUCACCCCCAUCGGGAAGCCCUACCGGGAGCUGGGGGAGCUGCUCUGCGCCGACCCCAAGGAGCUCACCCUGCUCUCUUUGGGACAGCUCGCACAGGUAUCACCAGCUGUGAAAGCUGUGGUAGCUGGGCAUGGUCAACAUAUUGCCGUUUCUGCUGGGGAAAAGAGAGUCAGGAGCAAAGCAGACUGGAAAUUCUGCAUUUCCUAUGGGUGGGAGACUGCUCUGAAGGAACCAGUGGAAAAAGACGUGCAGGAAGAAACACCAAGAGAAGUGGCUGAGGAUACUGCUAAUGAGGGCUCUGUCAGUCCAAAGUCUGAUCCGUUGGAAUCAGUGAAAAGACUCACCUCCCUUAAAGAACCAGGAAAGGAGCUGAAGACUCUGAGUAAAACUCUAGCUCGCUUGAGGCUGAAUUUCUGCUGUACGGUGUCUGGAGCAGAAGAUGUUCUUUCAUUAGCUUUAUUGCUAGAAAGCCUUUUUUCAUUAAGGCAUCAUAUCAGUAUUGUGAAGCAAGGUGGGGAAUAUUUUCGUAUACUUCACCAAGAAUCACUGGAGAGGCAGAACACAUUGAAAGCACAAAAGACUCCGGUGACGAGAUGGAGAACUGACUUCCAGCCAUGCAAAUAUUCAUCUGAUGCAGAGGAGUCAGAUGAAGAAAUGAACACUUCUGCUCCAACAGAAAGCAGCUACCUGAAAAAAUCAGGGAAGAAGAAAAAAAGGAUAACCUUACGGUCUUUCACUCCCAUUUACAGCAGUGUCCUGAUUCCAAGACCCUCUGAAGCACAAAGUGAAUGUCUUUUCCGCCAGCUGUGUGCCAUACACUGGCUUUUAGAAGCUUUGACUCUUGAAUCCAACAGUUCAAUGCAUUCUAUAUUAUCCUGCUGGAGUCUAACGGACCCUGGUGGCUUUAAAAAGUCAGUGAAGGAAAUCGAAGAGGAAAAGUUAGCAACAUACAUGUGGGAGCUCUUUGUUACAAACACGAAGAAAUACAUGCGGAAGGCGCGGCGCAGCCCAUUUAGCAGGAAGGCAAACAAGACAACUGCUCCAGCCAGCUCGCAGCAUAGCAGUCAGUCAUCUCACGGUCAGACCCCGCUCAGCAGUGUAAAUUCCCUUGUGCUUUGCUCUGAAGACCACGUCACCCCGAGUGGAGCUGUGGCCAAUGCUACGGGUGUGUCAGUGCAAACUAAACAACAACAGUUUUCCCCCUCCCCACAGAAGCAGAUCCAGACAAUGCACGUGAAGGGGUCUAAAGGUGUCCAUGGACAAGAAGACAUGCUGAAGAAGACUGGACUGCAGAGCUGCCAUAUCAGCAAUGUCAUUAAAAGCAAAGCUAAUCUGUGUGCUGAUGCGAGGCACAAGUUCAUGGCAAUACGUGAAGAAGCAGCUUGUUGUUUGCAUGAUGCUCUUGAGAGCCUUGAGAGGAGCCAGGAAGAGCGAUGCUAUAAAAAAUACCAGGCUUUGAGACGACUGAAGUAUUUUAAAGAGGACAUGGAAAGAAUAAGACAGCUGGACGUGAGAGCUGAAAAAGAACAUGAUGAAAAUGAACUUAAGUGGUUUCCUGCAUUGCUGGACAGACUGCCAGAGCCUGUGAAGAAUGACCGUUACGUGAAGAGAAUCUUAAAGAAACUGGAAAAAUUUGGCAUGGAUCCUGAUUUAUGCAUUCAUCAAGACACCUUUCUUCAGGCUCUGACUGAUCUCCAGGUGUGGGAGCUGUGCUCUCCAGAAAUUGCUGCUGCUGUGGAGUUUGUACGUGAAAGUGUUGUACAGAUGCCAGAAGAGGAUUUCAGUGAGUGGUUUCAGACAAAAGUAGACCCUCUCCAUGCACAGUCCUCUACCUUUUAAUGAGAUGGCCAACUGAGAUGGUUUUCCAGCUACCACUGUCUGGCUUCAAGCAGAAAGCUACCUCCUGUUGAGAUUUGCAUCAUGGAAGACUGGGGAAGGAGAAUUAUCUUCAGGAAGUCCCACUGACCACUCUUGCACAUCUGAAUUUUGUCCAUGCACCGAGCUCUGCUGGCUGUGGUUGGCCACAGAAAAUAAAAGCUAAAUGAUUUCUUCCUGUAUGACGUCUCGGACUCACCAUCAAACUUCAGUCUCACCUAACCAUUUAGAAUCGUAGAACCAGAGAACCACCAAGGUUGGAAAAGACUUCCAAGAUCGUCCAGUCCAACCGCCCACCUAUCACCACUAUUUCCCACUAAACCAUGUCCCUCAAGACAACAUUUAAAUGUUUCUUGAACUCCUCCAGGGUCAGUGACUCAACCACCUCCCUGGGCAGCGAAUUCCAGCACCUGACCACUCUUUUGGAGAAGUAUUUCCUAAUGUCCAACCUGAAUCUCCAUUGGUGCAACUUGAGGCCAUUCCCUUUAGUCCUAUCUGUAGUUACAUGGGGAUUACAUUUAGGAUGAAGGCUGAACUCCUAGUCCCAGGGCAGGUGACUUCUUCAAACAUUUCUCCAGCAAUGCCUACGUUACAGCAAGCAUCUUCUCAAUGCAGUUAUGCAUAUCACCAUAUCUAAGUAGCACUGACUCUGACUGCUUUUCAUUUUACCUCCCAUUUACAAAAGUAGUUUAAAAAAUAACCCAAACACAGGGUGGUUGUAAGCUUUAAGACAGUUCUUUUUUGCUCUUAUUCUUUUCUGUAAUUUGGUUGUUUUAUUUUCGUCGAGUUUAUUUUGUAGUUAUUCUGUGAUUAUGGCUUAAUUUCUUGCCUUAUUAAAAUCCAUAUUGAAAAGCCAAGAAUCCUUAGACCCAUUUCCCAGGUUUUCACCUGAAGAUAUUCUUUGCACUACUUACUUCAGCAUGUAUUUUCCAUGACUGUCUUGUAGGACACAAUAGAAUGACACAACUCAGAGAUGGUCAUAUUUCAUCAGCUUUAUGAAUCUGUUUGUGCUCAACCAUCUCUUUGACGGUGGGUCACAAUUGCUAGGUGAUGGAAUCAGUGAUCCAAUGACCUUCUAAGCUGAUGAUCCUAAUUAGCUGCUUACCUGCGUGUCAGAGCUUCCUGAGAACCCAUUGGGCACAAGGGCAGUUAAUCCUUCAGCCACAGUAAGUGAAAACAAUGCCAGUUCGGGAUGCAGGUGAGUACUGUGACCACUGGUGUGUAAUAUGCUAUUGAUUAAUGGCCUUCAUGUGUUCCCUUCCUCAUUCUCAUGACAAAAGGUAAAUAUUUUUUCAAGGAAAAGUGUGAAAUCCACAGAUUUCUUUGACUCACAGCUACCAGAAAAAAAAAAAAAAAAAAAAG